AUGAAUUUUGAGAACAUUGUAAAAUUUAUAGAGAAAUCCGAGGCUUGCCUAAACUAUGAAUUAAUUUCUGCACCUUUUGCUCCUAAUACUUUUUCAUUAUGGAGAGAAGUAGUCUAUGAAAAUUUGUAACCUGAUUAAUGGUUUGAAUUUGUGAAACAGAUAGAUAAAUAAUUGUUUUUAAGAUAUUUGCAAAACGUUAGAGAAGCAUAUGCAAAGAAACUUACAUAUUAAGAUUUGAAGUUGAAUGUGAGAUAUGAGAUAGAUGUCAAAAAGUUGGAGAAAAUUUUUGAAAAUGAUCUAAGUAAUAGACUAUUACAUUGAUUUAGAGAAGCAGGUUGAUACAUUAACAUUGUAUCUCUCUUAUUACCAAGCUCAAGUUGAAUACGCUUACGAUUUGUUAAGGAGAAUACAUACCUAUAAGUUUGUGGACUUUACUGUUGAAUAAUUUUAGACAUUGCAAAAAGAUUAAACUUUGUAUUAGAAAUAUUUGGAUAAUAUUGUAAUGGUUAUAUAAAUUUUACAUAUAGAUGGGAGGGUUCAUUUAGAAUGUUUAAGAGAUAGCAACUGAGAAGAUAAAGGAGUUCUGUGCAAAUGGAUUAAUAAAAAAUAAUUCAUUUUUGGAAUCUGGGAAAUCCUUUAUUAGUUAAUUUUUAUUCAAAGGAGGCAUUGCAGUUAGUAAAUUAAGCAAUGUAAAUUUGGGUUUAUUUGUAAAAAUGUUGAAUUAAUGAUUUAGAUUGGUGGAAUUAUAGCAGAAUAAAUUGUCAGUAAAGUAGCAUUGAGUAUAAUGACAUAGAGGAUUAGUUCUAAAUUAGAUUUGUUGUAAUUGGAAUUAGAUCAGAUGACAAAUGAAUUAACUCAGAUCAAUUCAGAUUUGGAUAAUUUGAUUUAUAGAACAGCUGAGGAGUUUCCUAAAAACUUUGAAUAAAACAAAACAUGUAAAUAUAUAUAUAAAUUGGAUUAAGUUAUACAAGUAUUUGUUUAAAAGAAAUACAAAGUAAAUUUAGGAUCUGAUAUCAUUUAUUGUUCAGACACUAAUACUAUAAUUCAGAAGAGUGUUGAAGACGAUUGUGUAAUUCUAGAUUAACUUGAAUUUAAUUUAGAACUUCAAGAGGAAAUGGAUGAAGAUGUUUAUAUAAUAAAUUCACCCGCAAAUAUCAAAGAUAUUAUUUAAGAGAAUAAAUCUAAAAAAUUGGAAUGA